AUGAAAAAUCUCUUAUUAAUAGGUGGGAACGGAGCUCUAGGAAAAGCUGUGGUUAAUGCAUUUAAAGCUACAGGAGCAUGGAGGAUCUCCAAUAUUGAUGUGACUCAUAAUGAUGAUGUUGAUGAGAAUUAUCUCAUUGAUGGGAACUCCUCAAUUGGACCUCAAGUCAGAACCUUGAGGGAGGAGCAUCUUGAAACUUAUGAUAGCAUCAUUUGUACAGCUGGAGGCUGGGCUGGUGGCUCUAUUAAAGAUGAAGAAGGUCUUGAAAGCUUUGAUAUCAUGCACAAAGUUUGCACUAUGUCUGCUCUUAUGACAGGACAUAUUGCAUCUCAUCAUUUAGCUCCCUCAGGAUUGCUAGUCUUUACAGGAGCUAAGGUAGCUUUCACCGAACCUGCCCCAGGAAUGAUUGGAUAUCAUGUAGCAAAGACUGCUACCCAUGCUAUUGCACAGAACAUGGCAACACUUGAUGAUCUUCAUGAUGAUAACGUUGUCCUAACAAUCCUUCCUGAAACAUUAGAUACUCCAGGAAACAGAGAAGCCAUGCCCGAUGCUGAUUACUCUACAUGGGCUGACUGUGAUCAAGUUGCCUCUCUUCUUAAAAUGUGGGCAAAUGAAGAAAACGUUCCAAAGAACGGCUCCUUCGUUGCUUUAGAAGUAUCUGAAGGUAGCGUCUGCACAAAGUUCCUCUAA